GCGCGCGCAGGCGUCUCUUUCCCGAUCACUUCCGGCUUGGCGGGGCGGAUGGAGGUCGUCCACACAGCGGGCGGCUGACUUUCUUGUUGAUGGAGUUGGCGAGCUACUCACAUGGCUCCGGACACCUCCCGCGGGCCGGGCGUCACCUCGGCCGGCUUUUAGCGAGACCUAGCGUGGGGGACACCAGGCGAGGAAAAAAAAAGGGACGCUUCUUGUAGUUUGCGUGGCAGUUUUUCGCGUUGCGAGCGUGACCAAGUUAGACCGCCUAUUCCACGCUCCUUCUUUAAUACAGGGUAAUAGUCGAUGUAUUGACGUCGAUAAUAAGUAUUUAUUCCACGUUGAGUCGAGUUAACUCAAUAAAUUCCUACCGGAGGCGUCUGUGAGAGACAACUCGUAAGGCAUGAUUUCUACCUCGACUGACCCUCAAAGCCGUUCACCUCCCUCCAUUUUAAGGGGAACUAGUCUGAUGUUCACUCGGCCUUCAGGGCCCUUGGCCUUGCCGCGGGGAUGGCAGCAUUUGCCCUAAACCGGAACGCCCUCGCAAUCAUGAACGGCGGUAAUCAGUUUCACGUCCGGCAAGGUACCACUGGUACCAGCCCCCGAGAUAGUAGCAGCACGACUGGCCGACCGGUGCUGCAAGUUCCAAAUCAGGGCCCCUACUGCCAACUGCUGGGUGGAUCGCCCUACAGCCCAGCCAGCGCUCAGACGAGCCUCACUAGGACGCCGGGUCGCCCUUUCGUCUUCCCGCUCUCCCCCGGCCCCACCUCCCGCGUUCGCUCUCCUUCGCGAGAAAGCACUCGAAUAAAGGUCACUGAAUGCCUUCUUUCCUCUGUGUGUGAGUUGCAGGUCAAGGGUAAAGUGGGCAUUUUCGAAGCGCACAUUUCUGGGACUCGUGCAAAGGUGCUCACCAGCGAGCUCCAGUGCAGCCCUCGGUCUCCGAGACGAGCGGCGGGCCAAGUCCCGCCUCCUCCCAGCCGCGGCAGGGCAGCCCUCGAAUGCUCAAUGACCCAGGCCCGCCGGAGUCAAGUUCCUCCCGCUCUCCAAAAUGGGAGAGAAGGCGAGCAUGAAGCAGUGCACGGAGAGAGCAAGCGGGAAGAAAGUUGCGUGAUUAACAAAAGCAACGACUCGGCGACAUUGUUUGUUGAAAACGGCUGCCAUUCAAAAACAAUAGAAGCUCCCCGGUCAGAUGGACCACUCCUUGUCCAGGGUCCCCCGGAGACCUUGGAGACGCCUUCAGCCAAAGAUGGAGGGAUAAAAGAGGACAGCGGGGUGAAGGAAAACAAACAAACACCGGGAGAUGACGGAGAUUCAAAGGAGAGAGAGGUGAACGCCAGACAGCAGUCGGGUCCUGAGGUGCUGCUGCGCACGGAGACCGACAUGUUGGGCGCCCAGCCAGACGCAUCUGCGUCAAAGCCUCCGGGUCCCCCUCGUCUGACCAACACGUCUUCCGCCGUCCUUCCGUCCAUCCCCGCCGUCAUCAUUACCGACCACGGCCUAGAGAGCCACCCAGAAACCCCCGUCGGCACCCCGAGUCCCACUUCGAGCCCCGUGCCCCCGUCCAACGCCUCGGUGCGCUCCCUCAGGAAGCUGUCUUCCUCCUCAGCCUCCUCGGCCGGCUUCUCCUCCUCUUGGGAAGAGUCGGAAGAGGAUAUUUCCGACACAGAGAGAGGGGGGCACCUUCUCACCCCGGCGCAGCUGAGCUCGCGACAGAAAGCACACAAGUCAUGGAAGAAAAUCAAGAACAUGGUCCACUGGUCACCAUUUGUAAUGUCCUUCAAGAAGAAAUAUCCCUGGAUACAACUGGCAGGACAUGCUGGGAGCUUCAAGGCAGGAGCCAACGGUCACAUCUUAAAAAAACACUGCGAGUGCGAGCAGCGCUGUCUGUCCCUCCUGAUGCGGGACGUGCUGUGUCCGUAUGUGCCCGGUUACCACGGCGACGUGGAGAAGGAUGGCCAGAAGUAUAAUCAGAUGGAGGACCUGCUGGCUGAGUUUGACUGCCCGUGUGUGAUGGACUGCAAGAUGGGCGUGAGGACAUAUCUGGAGGAGGAGCUGACCAAGGCCCGCAAGAAGCCCACCCCGCGGCCGGAUAUGUAUCAGAAGAUGGUGGAGGUAGACCCCGAGGCGCCCUCGGCCGAGGAGAACGAGCAGAAGGCGGUCACCAAGCCCCGGUACAUGCAGUGGCGGGAGACCAUCAGUUCCACCGCCACGCUGGGCUUCCGGAUAGAAGGAGUCAAGAAGGAGGACGGGACAGUCAACAGAGACUUUAAGAGGACAAAGACGCGUGAGCAAGUCAUGGCGGCCUUCCGCGAUUUUGUCAAAGGCGACAAGGACAUACUGAGUAUCUACCUAGCCAGGCUGAAGGAAAUCAGAAGCACUCUGGAGACGUCGCCCUUCUUUAAAACUCACGAGGUGAUCGGCAGCUCCCUGCUGUUCGUCCACGACAGCAAAGGCAGAGCCAAAGUGUGGAUGAUCGACUUUGGAAAGACGAUGGCCCUCCCUGAGGGCCAGGAGCUCGACCACCGAGCGUCCUGGCAGGAGGGCAACCGGGAGGACGGCUACCUUUUCGGACUGGACUGUCUGGUGGAUAUCAUUUCUGCCUUGUUGGACUCUGAAAUAUGAGCGCUUUUACUAUUAUUAUUGUUAUUAUUAUUGUUAUUAUUUAAUCCGCAGCGGAAACAUUUGGAAACACGCACGCUCUCGUCUUCGGAUGUCAUUUUUGCAGAUGUUCGUUCCCUAAAGGGGAAAAAAAAAAACACUCAAACCUACUCUUUCAUGCAUCUUUAAAAGAUACACCGACACACCCUUUUAUUUCAAGUAACAGCAACAGAAUUACGACAGUUGCAGAUGUGGAUAAUCUGUCAUGGAGUAUUAGGCAAAGACUGAAAAGAAGACAAAAAUGACACUAAAUUAAUGUUCGUGAUCUCUCGCAAAUAAAGUUAUUUAUUUUUGAGAAAAAAAGUUAGAAGACCAUAAAUUUAUUGUAUUUAAAGCGGCUCCACUGAUAUUCUUCCCUUUCCCUGUCAUGGUUUUAGUCUGGUUAUAUGACUUUAAUCUUGAAAAUAAUUGAGAUGU